AUGACUGAGGAAAGUUUCAAUGACGACGAGUUGACUCCUCCGGAGUGGCUGAACGUUCAGUUCAUGACUCGGGUGUUGAGUGGUUACGAAAAGGAUUCGAAUCUGAAGGUCACCAACUUGAGUUUCACUCCGGCCAGUGCCAAGGGCGAUCACUAUGCCAGCAUUAUGUUUCGCGCUAAGGUGGAAUAUACGGCCCAGAAGGGUAACUUCACCAAGUCGCUUAUCAUAAAAACGAUGAUCGUGGAGGAGGGUGUCAAAAAGGAUAUGUUUAAAGAUUCCCCACUAUUCACCACUGAGAUCGGAAUGUACACUAAGGUCCUGCCCGAGUGGGAGAGGAUUCUGCGAAGAGCAAAGGAUCCAGCCAAGCUGUAUGUGGAAUGCAUCUACCACAGUCUACAGCCACAUCAGAUUAUCAUUUUCGACGAUCUCGUCGAGAUGGGAUAUGCAGUUGUGCGUGAUCGUUUCCUCACACGGGAAGAAAUCUGCAGUGCCUACUCCAAGUUGGCCAAGAUCCAUGCAAUCAGUAUGAAGUUUAUUCACGAGCAACCUGAGUAUUUGAAGGAAUUUAAAAACGGACUGUGUGAAAUGCCCGGGCUGAUGGACAGUUCCAUUAUAACCGGAGGCAUGGAUCCCUUUAUAGAAAUGUUGGGAUGUUAUCCUGAACUCAGUAAAUAUCAGCCGCAUUUUAAGAAGAUAAGUCUGCACUUUAAGGACCGAUUGCGGGAGACUAUGCAGGAGUAUCGAAACAAUCCCCAGCCAGGAUACAACGUUCUCUGCCACGCAGACUUCCAUUCCCGCAACAUGAUGUUCAAGCACAAUAAGGAAACAGGAUGCUUCGAGGACUGCAUGCUGCUGGAUUAUCAGGCCUGUAAUGUGGCUCCAAUGGCCGUUGAUCUUAUGUACUCCAUUUACAUGUUGAUGGGGCCGGAACAGCGAAGGGAGGAGCUGGAAACUUUGCUGAACUACUAUCUAUCCAUCCUGCUAGAGACUCUCAAGAAUAUUGGCUACCAAGGAUCAAUGCCGACGCCACAAGGAUUUUGGGCGGAAAUGAAACGCCAUAGAUAUUACGAGUUUCUACUGCUGAGCACAUUCUUGCCAGUUUCGAUUGGCUUGCGAACCCAUAAGUUGGAUUUAGGUGAUAUGAUGCACAAGGAAAAAACCCGGAAAACACUGUAUCAGCUAGAGGACUUUAUAGAUGAAACCAAAUCAAUAUUGGCCAGAUUCCAGAAAUCGGGAUAUUUUGACGACUUGUAA